AUGGACUACCACGAGUUGCUCCAGCUGAAGGCGUCAAAGUCGGCCAAGAAGGGAGGCAAGGAGACGCUGGCCGAGCUGGACGAGUGGCGUAAGCAGCUGUCUGAUGACGUACGAGAAAACCCCCGUGCUCUGACCCACGGUGAACUCGCCAAACUCAUGACCUGGAAGCUGAAACGCGGCACGUUCCGUCCAAAACUGCAACAGCUCGCGGAAUCGAACAGGGCCGAGGAGGUGGAGCAAGUAACACAAAAAGCGGCUCAUCUGAUUGCAGGUGACGAGAUCAUCGAAGCAAUCAAGGUCUUGAGUGAGCUGAAAGGCGUGGGUCCGGCUACGGCGUCUCUGUUGGGGUCUGUCAUGAGCGUCAAUGUGCCGUUUUUCAGCGACGAGGCGUUUGCGCACGUUUGUCCAGGUGUGAAAAUCACGUACACGUUGAAGGCCUAUGAAAAGUUCCUGAAUGCCAUUGUGGCAUGGGGUCAUCAGCGAGAUCUCAAUGCCGUUGAAGCCGAGCAGGAAGCGUGGGUCUUGGGUAUGAGAGACAAGUAUGCUGAUAAGGGAACAAACAAGACCGGUAAAAAGGAGCAGGAAGAUGUGAAGAUAGUCAAGACCAAUGAGGAGGAGAAGGAGGAGAAGGAGGAGAAGGAAGAAGAGCGACCCGCGAAACGACGUCGUAGAUAG